UGUAAAAUAUUCUCGUCAUUAUUAACAUAAAUGUUUAAAAUAUUUAUAUAUAUAUUUAUUAUUUUCGCAACAGUUUAAUGUUAAUUAAAAGUAUUAAGGAAUAUCCAGUUGUUAAAGAAAGGCGUAUCGUACGGAUGGUUGUGAAGAAACUGCUAAAGUAAAGACGGGAGACAGCUGCUGCUAGACUGACUGGAACUGGAACAUCUUUGAAGUUGUACAGUUUCAGCAAGAAUGUAAUUGUUCACCACAUAAUCAAUUGGCAGUUCUCAUGAUUUUAAAGUUCCGUAAUCGACAAGCGAACAGAACAACGGUUCUCGUGAAAUAUUGUGCCCUGUAUAAGAAGACUGUAACCUUGACAACCAAUUGCAACGAUCAUCAAAUGGCUGGCAAAGAAAAUGAUAUAAGUCCUGUUGUGAUUGAAGUCCACCCCAACACUAAGGAGCCACAAAAGGCCUGGGCUAAAAUCAAAGCACAGGUCAAGGUCAAGGACGUACAACCAGUCGAAUCGAGCAAGUGGUGGUCCGACAAGUGCGUGAGGUUUGUGUGCGUAUCGGACACUCACGUUCGACUCGAGAAGAAGAAGUCCGUCGGUUCGUCUGUCAUUCCAGAUGGAGAUGUUUUGCUUCACACCGGAGAUUUCUCCAUGCGUGGCUGGCCAGAGGAGAUUUCCUUGUUCAACACCUACUUUGGUUCUCUGAAACAUCGGGUCAAACUGUUGAUUGCUGGCAAUCAUGACAUGACCCUUGACCCAAAGGUCAAUUCACAUGAUAUAGUAAAGAAGUCACGUGACCUGCUCACAACCUUCACCUACUUGGAAGACUCAUUUGUGACUGUAUAUGGUAUCAAGAUCUUUGGAGCACCAUGGGUUCCAACAUGUGGUUGUUGGGGAUUCACCUUAUCAAGGGGCAGACAACUCUUGGAUCACUGGAAUCUCAUUCCAAAUGAUGUUGAUAUUUUGAUGACACAUGGACCACCUAUAGGGUAUGGUGAUAAGACGUUGUUUAAAAAACAUGUGGGCUGUGUUGAAUUACUGAACACUGUACAGAGACGAAUUAAGCCCAAAUACCACGUGUAUGGACAUAUCCAUGAAGGUUACGGCAUGAGAACAGAUGGGCAGACAGUGUUUAUUAAUGCCUCGGUGUGCAGUAAACACUACAAGCCAGUGCAUAAACCAAUCGUCUUUGACUACCCAUUACCAGAAGGACACACGAAGGAUGAAAUACUCGAUCUCGCCAUCACAAGUGUGACAGCCGACGCUAACAAAUGAUGAUGGAUUUCUUACUCUCACCUUCAGAUUUACUAAAGUAGAUGGUUAUGAAGACACAGCUGAUAACCAACAUGGAUCAAGAUGUAAUGUUCGUUUAGACAAGUGAGAAAUACAUGUUAAAGAUAAGGUCCAAUUUAGAACUGUAGGUUAAGUAUAUGUAAAAAGGUGGGGUCUAUUAGUGCCAUAUGUUAAAUGUAUGUUAAAGGUAGGGUCCUUCAGUACAUCAAAUAUAUGUUAACAAGGAAUGAUGGUAGGUGGCAUUAGAAGGAUGAGUAAAAGCUUGAUUUACUCUUUUGAUGGCAUUUAGACUAUAGGUUCCACACCACCUUUAAUUACUCCAUGCAGUUCAAUGUAUACUCUUCAAAACAAGAGUACUUGUAAUCAUCAAAGAAAGACUUCAAAAUGUAUUUUCCUAAACUGGAUUAUGUUAAGAUGCUACAAGUAACAACACAAUAAACGCUGGUGUGGUGCCUAUAGUGUUCCUCUUGACAAUCCAAUGACCCAACCACUAGUUUUGUCGGCACAUUUGAUAUAAAGAAGGAAGGAAAUAUUUUAUUUAACAACGCAUUCAACACAUUUAAUUAUGGUUAUAUGGCAUCAGACAUAUGGUUACUG